AUGAAUUUAACCUUAAUACUUUUUUUAAUCGGAAUUUUAGGUUUCGUUUUAAAUAGAAAAAAUAUAAUAUUAAUGCUUAUUUCAAUUGAAAUAAUGCUAUUAGCUAUUACAUUCUUAAUAUUGAUAAGUUCACUUAGCUUUGAUGAUAUAUUAGGCCAAACAUUUGCUAUAUACGUUAUAGCAAUUGCUGGUGCAGAAUCAGCCAUAGGUUUAGGUAUUCUAGUUGCUUUUUACAGAUUUAACUCUUCUCUGGUUUGACCCUGUCUAUCCUAUAGCAAUACUAUUUAUACGAAAGAUGUAAAUAAGUUUAACUCUAAUAAAACAGUAAGAAAUUAUUCUACAAUGGCUAAAAAUAUCAACUAUACUGCUAACCAAUUCAUAAAUUCUACCAUGAAUCCCUGAUUUAUUACUGGACUUUUCGACGCUGAAAGUUCUUUUGUGGUUACAAUUUUAAAAAACUCUAGAUACAAAACAGGUUGAAAUGUUCAAGCCAGGAUACAAAUAA